CUGUAGGAGCUGCAUGGUGGCCGGCUGAUCAGAUUAGAGGUGUCGGUCAUAGUUAAACUGCAAGGGGGGGGAGACGACGGAGCGUCACUCAGCCUGCUCAUUCUCUCAUUCAUCGGCGGCGGGGAGCGCCACAUUCACCCUCCUCCUUCCCGUCUCACACACAUCUACACACACGUUGUUUUCAGAUGGAUACCUGCAGAGUGCACGCCUGUGUGUUCCUUGUCCUGCUCUACCAGGACGCCUUGUGGGCUUCACAGUUUCCUUCUCAGCUCUUGAUUAAAGAAUGGGUUGAUCAAAUGCAGAAAGAGCUUGUCACCCUUGCAGACACGGCCACAGCUGGCAAGAGUCUAACCCAGAUCUUUCUCAGAAACAAGCACCUCUACACUGUGGAACAGAAUGAUGCAGAGGAGCUUGUGGCCAGAGCAGCCAGGAACAUUGAACAGCUGCUCCGCAAGAGGUCUGCAGCCUUAGAGAAACUGGCUACAGCUGCGGAGAAUUUCCAGAUGGAGCAUCUGUGGAAAGAUGAAUUUGAGGAUGAUGAAAUUGCGUACUACAAUUCAAAGGACAGCCUGGAUGCAAAUGAGACAGAGGGACGGAAAUAUCGAAUCCGCCCGGACUUUAAGGAGGACCCGUCAUUUAAGCGUCUGACAGACCACAGUCACACGGCUGUGCACAUUCCCACCGACAUCUAUGAUGGCUCCACCAUUGUGCUGAAUGAGCUAAAUUGGACGGAGGCACUGGAGGAAGUGUUCAAAAGAAACAGAGAGGAUGAUCCCACUCUUCUGUGGCAGGUGUUUGGAAGCGCUACCGGUCUGGCUCGCUACUAUCCAGCGUCUCCCUGGAUGGAUGCUCGUAAGACGCCCAGCAAAAUUGACCUGUAUGAUGUACGCAGGAGACCUUGGUAUAUCCAAGGAGCUGCUUCUCCCAAAGACAUGCUGAUUCUGGUGGAUGCGAGCGGUAGCGUGUCCGGCUUGACGCUCAAACUGAUCAGGACCUCUGUCAGCGAGAUGCUGGAAACGCUGUCUGAUGAUGACUACGUCAACGUUGUUUAUUUCAAUACUAGGGUGAAGAAGACGGCGUGUUUUGACCAUCUGGUUCAAGCCAAUGUGAGGAACAAGAAGUUGCUGAAAGACGCAGUCCAGAAUAUCACAGCAAAAGGAAUUACAAACUACACAAAGGGAUUCGAAUUUGCUUUUGAGCAGCUCUCUGCGACUAAUGUGAGCAGAGCAAACUGUAACAAGAUCAUCAUGCUGUUUACUGAUGGAGGAGAAGAACGAGCCCAGGCCAUACUGGAGAAAUACAACGCAGACAAAAAAGUUAGAAUCUUCACCUUCUCGGUUGGACAGCACAAUUAUGACAAAGGACCCAUUCAGUGGAUGGCCUGCUCCAAUAAAGGUUAUUUCUAUGAGAUCCCUUCUAUUGGAGCCAUACGAAUCAACACACAGGAGUACCUGGAUGUCCUGGGAAGACCCAUGGUUCUGGCAGACAAGCAAGCCAAACAAGUUCAAUGGACAAAUGUCUACCUCGAUGCACUGGAACUGGGUCUUGUUAUUACCGGGACACUUCCUGUCUUUAAUAAGACCAAGACUAAAGAUGACAGGAAUGGCGAGCAUCAAAAUCAGCUCAUUCUUGGCGUGAUGGGGAUUGACGUGUCUCUGAAUGACAUCAAAAAGCUCACACCACGUUUCACUAUUGGCCCGAAUGGAUACUAUUUUGCCAUUGAUCCAAACGGCUAUGUACUGUUGCACCCCAAUCUCCAACCAAAGAAAAGGAUCCAUAACAGGAGUCUCAGGCUCAAUAAUAAGUAUGCUGUCACAUUUCACGAGGAGCCUGUGACGUUGGACUUUCUGGAUGCUGAGCUGGAGAACGACAUUAAAGUAGAGAUUCGGAGAAUGAUGAUUGAUGGUGAGACAGGCGAACGCACCAUUCAGACACUGGUGAAAACUCAGGAUGAGAGAUACAUUGAUCGAGGAAUCAGAACCUACACAUGGGCACCCGUCAAUGGAACUGAUUACAGCCUGGCCCUUGUUCUGCCCAAAUACAGCGAACACUUCAUUCAAGCCAAACUGGGUGAUGACAUCAAACAAGCAAUGUUGAUGGAAACCAUCCAGCUGGAGAACUUUGAUGAAUUUGGUUACACCUUCAUCGCUCCACGGGAGUACUGCAAAGAGCUGAAGUUGUCACUCAACAACACCCAGUUUCUCCUUGAAUUCAACCAGUACAUUGAUAGGAACACUCCAGAUGCAUGUAAUGUGUCCCUUGUGAGUCGACUAAUCUUGGAUGCCGGUCUGACAGCUGAGCUGGUUGACUUGUGGAAAGAGCAGAAAGUGAACGGGACAGUCGCCAGAUUUGUAGCCACAGAUGGAGGGAUCACAAGAGUCUUCCCAAGAAGUGCUGGUGAAGAGUGGAUUGAGAACCCCGAGACAUACGAGUCCAGCUUCUAUAAGAGAGCUCUGGACAACGAGAUGUACAUUUUCACCGCUCCAUCUUUUAACAUUGCUGCAGAAGGCCGGGAGAUUGUGUCAGAGUCAGGUAUUCUUGUCAGCAAAGCCGUGGAACUCACUGUCGAUGAAGUCACACUUAAGCCUGCAGUGGUAGGAGUGAGACUCAAUGUCACAUACUGGAUGAACAGUUUCAUGAACGCCACACUUAAAGAGAAUUGCAAAGAUGAGAUCUGUGGCUGUAUGAGAAAUGACAAGCAUGUCGACUGUGUGAUCUUGGAUGAUGGGGGGUUUCUCCUCAUGUCCAAUCAGGAUGAUUAUAUUAGUCUGAUAGGUCAGUUCUUUGGCGAGGUGGACCCCGUGCUGAUGAUCAACCUGGUCAACACCUCUCUUUACUCCUUCAACAAGACCUAUGACUAUCAGUCUGUUUGUGAUCCGGAGAAGGACAGCAAGGCGGCAGCAGGACCUCGCUCUGUCUGUGUGCCAACCAUAGCAGACUUGCUUAGUAUUGGCUGGUGGGCAUCCAGUGCUGCUUGGUCCAUACUCCAGCAGCUCUUCUAUAGCCUCAUGUUCCCCAACCUUCUAGAGGCAGCGGAGUCAACUGACGAGGAUAUCCCAGAUGCCAUGUUUAAAGAAAGCUGCAUCACAGAGCAAACGCAGUAUUUCUUUGACAACGAUGAAAGAUCCUACUCAGGAGUCCUCGACUGUGGAAACUGUUCAAGGAUGUAUCGUGCAGAGAAGCUGCCCAACACCAACCUGGUGUUCCUAAUCACCGAUGCCAAAGCAACGUGUUUGUCGUGUGACCCCAGGCCGCUACGACAGGCUGAACAACCCUCUGAGGGUCCAGAUCCAUGUGAACUAGCCCAGAAUCCAAGAUACCGCAAAGGACCGGAUGUGUGCUUCGACAACAAUGAAAAUGAUGAGCCCCUGUGUCCAAUCAGCAAAGGAUUCACUCUGAGGCACACACCCCUCUUCUUGUUUCUGCUGAUGGGUUUUAUUGGGAAGACGAUUCUGAUUGUGGCGGAGGGACCUCCCUAAACCCAAGUCUUUGGGCCGUUCUCACCCUCCAACUGCUGUUGCUGUGGCUCAGCACACCUUUACAAAGCUCGUGACACCUAAAAACACGAACACACAGCAAAAAGACACUGAGCAUGACGAGGAAAAGUGGUCAUGAAAGCGUUCACGCAAAGUGAUGGUGUUAUCUCACAAGAAGAGGCCAUCGGUGGACACCAUCGGGGACGGUAUGGAGAUGAUUUGCAAUGUGGUUAUUUUGUUCUCAACGCAGUAUUGCUGUCUUCAUUUCCCGAUGCCAAAGGUUUCUUGGUUAUUUUAUGCUUUUCAUUUUUAAAUGGCAUUAUUACUCUGCUCAGAUGCUUUUAAGCUGUAUCCCAUAAUCUCUUGCAAACCGCAAGAGUAAGCGCUAACCAAACCCUUUAAUUCUGCCUCAUUUCUUUUGCAGAUUUACUUAGUGGACAUUUAAAUCCACUAAGCCAAUGGAAAAUCACUCAAAGACUGUAUGUUCACUGACAGCGUUGAUUUGUGUAAUUGUUGAUUUGUUGCUUAUUCUGUUCAUUACAUGUGAAGCAUAAAUGCUGUGAUGAUUGAUUGCAGCAACCAGUGCAACUAUGACGAGUACCCUCCCCUUUUGUUUGUGUUUUAACGAUGUACUGUACCUGCUCCUUUUGUACUCAACAAUCAACAGGCAUUUUGCUACUAAGUGUUGUAUCGUAGCCGCAUGUGCUCUAUAAAGAGCAAAAGAUGAUACCGUGACCCUGACACCAAAGCUCCAUGCAGUCACACUGAAUGCCGAACGAGUUAAAUCUCAGAUAUGGGUGUGAAAUGGAGAAGCAAUGACAGUUAUACGUGGCCAGAGAGCAUCCAUGUUGUUUGGUCUGAUUGCAUUGUGUGUCCUUCAUUUGAUGCAUUGAAUUUCCAGUGCCUCCAUCAUGGCUCAUAUGCCCCCUUUUCCAAUACGCAGUGCCUACACUCGCAAUUGACGCUUUUCCACCAGGAAAAUCAGGUACUGUUGUAGUAGCCUGGGUUCCGGGUUGACAAACCAGUUCUGAGCACUGACCAGUCAAACUGAUUCAUCUUAGCUGCAUGGAUAGAUGAAUUGAAAUGUCCCAAAUACGCACACGUGCUAACAUUAGCUUAUCCCGUUGCUGUGCCUUAGCUCUGAAAGCUGCAGUGUCGCACUCUGCAUUCUCCUAUUUGCUGCAAAGAUCUGUCUUGUUGCCGUCAGAGUUCUCUUUAAUAAAGUUGAACAAACUCGUCCGAAUCCGAUGGAUGCAAUGUUUGACAACUAAGGAAGGACUACUUUGAAGUUGAACACUGACUGUCCCAAAAUUGAGCAAAACUGAGGUGGCACUGUGAAGUGGAAAAGGGGCAAAACAGUCUUACCGUGUGUCUGUGCUGAUAUUUACUGCAAUAUAGCAGUAUAGAGCAGGUAGCCCAUAGGUCGAAUUUGCUGCUGGCCCAUAAAACAAUUCUCAUGAGAAUUUAGUAGGAUUUUAUACAUGUUUCGAAAUUAGUAUUUUGGGAGGGUGUGUAGUGCCAAGUGAGAAAAGCACAAGGCGAGAGGGUCAUAACUAAGCACAAAAACACAUAUCACAACAACAAAUAUUCUUAGUCGGCAUUUUCGAUUCAAUGUAUGCAUGUUAGAAGCCAAACAGAAGGUGUUCCAGGUGCUCGCCACACUAAAUAAUGCAUGUGAUGUGGGAGAAACGAGAGGCAAUGAUUCUUAUUGGAUUUCAAAAGUUUUUGUACCUAGUCGAUAUUAUGGGUAUAGCAGAAAUUGUGUGACUUCCAUUGCAAAUCAUUUUACAGGAUGCAAUUCCAGUUAAUGCCAGGGCUAUUCACUAAAACCAAACUAUUUCUGUCCGGUUUUUGUGUCCUUUUUUUUUUAUAUCCAGGAUUAAAUCAUUAAUCAAAUAAGACCAAACGUUAUCCAAGAUCUGUUUCACGAUACCUCAAUAAAGGUAACAAUUCCAACCAUAGAAUUUCCAUUUUCCUACAUAGCCGAUCCUUGUAAAGACAUAUUACAAGCUAGAUUUUAUGGUUCUGAUGCAACGAUAUGUUGAAAAGAUACUAAGUUUUGGAGUGUAUUGCCACGGUGUAUCGUCAAUGGAAACAUUUAUCCCGUCUUCCAUCGUUGUCCAUGAACCGGAAACUGGUGGACAAACACUAAAGUAAAUGCUCCACUAUUUUCUUUUGAUUUUGUUUAGCCGAACAGAGAGAUUCUGCUUCUUUUUUUUUUAUUAUGCUGGAGUGACUCACCAGAUCCAACAGAUGUAGCUAUGGUGGAUAAAAGCAUGCCAUAUUGAUCAGUACCCAUAGCACUGCCACUGGAGUGAAACAGAUCAUUUUCAGAUCAGAGUUACCUCAACAGAUGCAUUUGUGAUGCUCGGUGAUGCAGAAAAAUAAUGUAGUUCGAACAUCAUGGACAUAUUGCUAGAUUUUUAGGGGUUCCACUAAGUUCUCAUGAGAACACAUCGGGGCCCUAAGAAUAAGAAAAUAUGAGGAAUGCUGUUACCUCCGUUGUACUCCCUUUAUUUCUGUUUAUUUCACCAGACUCAGGAGCCAAAAUGACUUGAGCUUAAUAUCAACCAUGACUGUUCCUUGUUUCUCUGUGCUCCUGCUUCUUUUUUUUACCGUCAUUGUUGUUGCUCUAACAAAAUAAAAGCGCUGUGAAGCAGAUGCUGAGGUGUCGGUGUCCACAAAACGCUGCAAAGUUCCCGGGAUGAGCUUUUGUUUGUUGUUGUUUGAGCGCCCCGUGGUGAGCAUCAUGGCCUGCUGGAGAGAACAAUGAAGGUGUUUAAAUCAUCUCGCAUUGCCUUACCUCAUCAUUAAACAUCACAACAAGCAUGCCUCCUUGUGAGGUGGAACAGUUGUCUUCUCUCCAACUUGCCUUGAUGUUGAUCUGCCGGUGCUGUGUGUGCAGGUGAUGCCUGUUUAUCAAAGUGUUGAAAUGUGUUUUAACCCUAAGGGGGUCCAUGUCUAUGUUGAGGCAUGUUUGUGUCCCCUCCAAUGAUAUCUGAUUGUGCUUUAAUACUGUACAUUAUUUACUCUUUUGUGGACUAUAGCCUGAAUACAUUUUGUAUACAUUUGUACACUAUUUACUGUAUAAAAGAGAACAGAAAGGUGGAAAAAAUGUUUAUAACAUGGUGUUGACUAUUGUGCAAAUAUAAUAUAUUCACAAUAAAAGUGUUGUAUUGUUAUGGCCUUUGAUGACCCUGUUCUUUUUUUUUAUUCUGUCACGUUUUGUUUGUUUGAAGCGACUUGUGUUUAUAUAAUGCCAACUUAAGAACAAGAACACCCCCACAACUUCAAAUGGAGAGUCCCAAACAGUUUGUUUCUUUUAAAGAUGUGUUUGACAGGAAGAUCUGUGUAUGUUUGCAAUAUAGUGGUCAUCUAGAAAGCAGCUUUGUAAGAGGAUACCCCUGUAAACGAGGGGUGAGGUCGUAGCCUUUAACAUGCCUGACUUAAGGACUUACAGACGCUGUAACUUCUACGGCUCAUCUUCAUUUGAGAUCCCCGAUUGAAAGUAUGCUCACAACGAAUCCCACCAGGCAUCCCAUGCUUGUUUUACCAUGCAGUACUCUAUUUAUGUAUAUGGGCAUCUGCUGGUUGCAUCCAAGUACUGCAUUGCAUUUGGCUUCAGUUGUUUCAAGGCACAAUAAAUCAACAAUACCUUUCAUCAGCCAGUUAUUGUUGCCCUUCCCCAACUGUGAUUGGUAGAAUGCCAACAAAGGAACAUAUGGUGUUUCAAUUAGGGCUGUCAAAGUUAACGAAAAAAAAAAAAAGAAAUUACAGGUGCCGGUGUAUGUGGGCAGUGUGGAAGAAUGUCACACAAAGUGGGAGUCGCCGCUCGCAUUAAA